CACUGAAGUCUGCUGGUUCAGAAAGUUCUAAUGUUGUAACUCCUUUCAGACAUUUGUAAAAAUAAAAUAAAAUAAGUGAUAAUUUAGCUCUGAUUUUUCAUUGUGUCUAAGAUGUGUAGGAGAAAGCUGUUCAGCUCCUCUAAGGAAACACAGAGCUAAAGCCCUGGAUGGGAGGAGUCUCAGAUUAAGUUUCGUAAUCUCUGCCUCUCCGGGCUGAACUCAAGGCGCGGCAGCCGGGGGUGGCUACUCUGUGAUGCUCACCACUGCCGUUUUCUUAUCUCAGAAAUUAUUUUCUUAGCAUUUCAGAAGAUUGCAGUAUCCUGCAGUUCAGUUUCUGAGAGCUUUACUGGUUUAUCUUCUUACUCAAGUCAAGCAAAUACUGAUUGCUCCCUUUCUGAAGAAGAUCUCAAGAUCCAGACUACUGGGGAGAAUCUUCAGUGAGGCUCAGCCACACCUGGAGAGAUGGGGAGUGAGUACAAGAGGAUUAUUCUGCUGAAAGGACUGGAGCUCAUCAACGACUACCAGUUUAGCAUAGUUAAGUCCCUACUGGCCCAUGAUUUGGGACUGACUUCAAACAUGCAAGAAGAAUAUAACAAGGUCAAGAUUGCUGACCUGAUGGAAAAGAAAUUCCCAGGGGCUGCCUGUGUGGACAAGCUAAUAGACCUCUUCAAGGACAUGCCACCACUUAAGGACAUUGUUAAGCAACUUAGAAAUGAGAAGAUGAAAGUUGCAAAGAAAAUGAAGACAACAGAAGAAACUCCAAAGAAAAAGCCGCAACAGGCAAGGGUGGGUCCCAGGGCACUUGCCCCCACCACAAGUAGCGCUCUGCUGUGCGAGAGAGCGGAGGGGACCACUGCGUCUCAGAAAAGAAAACCUGUCGCCAAAGGAACGGCUGCGGCAAAAAAGAACAAGGGGUUCCAGCCGCAGACUCUGCCGGUCUGCCAUUCGGGAGCCAGCACGUCGGCAGCUGUCGGCUUUCUUCCGCCGCCCCAGACCUCGUCGUCAGCUCCAUUCGUUUCUGCCUUGCCCGAGAUGAUGAAGGGCCAACAUCAAGCUGCUCCUAGAGGACGUGUCCUUCAGCAGGGCCCCCUGACUGUCCUGGUACUGAAAGCAACGGAGCCAUUUGAAUACGAGUCCCCAGAAGACGGGAGAAGCAGAAUGUUUCAUGCUACAGUGGCCACUCCCAGUCAGUUUUUCCAUGUGAAGGUUUUAAACAGCAACCUGAAAGAGAAAUUCACAAAAGAGAAUAUCAUUACCAUAUCAGAUUACUAUGAAUGCAAAGGAAUCCUCGAGAUAAACAAAACCUCAUCUGUGUACGAAGCUGAUCCUUUCCAGUUGAUCGUGGUCCCAAACAGCAUCACCAAAAGAGCAAACGAAACUCCCAAGAUUGAUAAUCUUUACAAGCAAGCAUCGGGAACAUUUGUGUAUGGCUUAUUUCUGUUACAUGAGAAAAAAGUGAAUAGGAAGACGACAGUAUAUGAAAUACAGGAUAAUACAGGAGUGAUGGAGGUCGUGGGGACCGAGAGAUGGCACAACAUCAAGUGUGAGAAAGGAGAUAAACUUCGACUCUUCUGCUUUCAACUGAAAACAAUUGACCAGAAGCUGAAACUGACAUGUGGAACGCACAGCUUCAUCCAGAAAAAGAAAAUCAAAACCAAACAAAAUGAUGAAUCCAAGAGGACCCAGCCAACCCAGGGACAAAGUCAGCUUCCAGGACCAUCUGUAACCAGUACACAGGCAACUUGGAGCUACCCUCAGACUCCUCAAAUGACUCCACCAACCCCAGCCAGCAGUUCUUCAACCAAGAAAAAGAAAACCAAAGCCACACAAAAUGAUGAAUCCAAGAGGACCCAGCCAACCCAAGAACAGAGUCAGCUUCCAGGACCAUCUAUAACCAGAACACAGUCAACUUGGAGCUACCCUCAGACUCCUCAGAUGCCUCCACCAACCCUAGGCAGCAGUUCCUCAACCAAGAAAAUGAAAAUGGAAAUCACACAAAAUGAUGAAUCUAAGAGGAUGCAACCAACCGAGGGACAGAGUCAGCUUCCAGGACCUUCUGUAACCAGUACACAGUCAACGUGGAGCUACCCUCAGACUCCUCAGAUGUCUCCACCAACCCCAGCCAGCAGUUCCUCAACCAAGAAACCAAGAUUGAAGACUGUACCUAGAGAAGCUUCCAUAGAAGAGGGUUUCCAGAAGGGCCCCAAGGAAGUGAUGGUGCUGAAAGCAACAGAACCAUUUACAUAUGAUCUCAUGGAAGCAGAGAGAAAGAUGUUCCAUGCCACUGUGGCUACUGAAAGCCAAUUCUUCCAAGUGAAGGUUUUUCAUGUCAGCCUGAAGGAGAAGUUCAUCCCAAAGAAAGUCAUCACCAUAUCAGAUUACUAUGGUCGCAAUGGGUUCCUGGAGGUGUAUGAUGCCACAUGUGUGUCUGAUGUCAAUGCUGACCGAAAGAUGGAAAUCUCAAGCAGACUGAUCCAAAAUGCAAAUGCGACUCCUAAAAUCAAUAAUCUUUACUCACAGGAGCCAGGAACAUUUGUGAGUGGGAUAUAUCAGGUGCAUAAGAAAAAAGUGUUGAAUGAACACAUCAUUUUGUAUGAAAUACAAGAUAAUACAGGGAAGAUGGAGGUCUUGGUGUAUGGACGACUGACCAAAGUCAACUGUGAGGAAGGUGAUAAACUCAAACUCAUCUGCUUCGAACUAAGUGCGGAUCCGAGACAGCUGAGAUCUGUAAUUCACAGUUUCAUCAAGGUCAUCAAGUCUAGGAAAAACAAGAAACAACCACUCAAUCCUGAUUCACAUACGGAAACCUCACUAUAAUACCCUUCUAAAAACCUGGAUGCCAUUAACAAUGAUGUCUGUGGAGGUAAAAUCUAAUUAUAGAAAAAAUACAUAUAUAUAUGAGAGAAAUUCAGUGAUAGAUGUACCAGCUAUUGCUGCUAAGGAAUAGAGUGCUAAUGGGUACUUUUUAUUUUCUUUUUUAUACUUUUCUGUGCCAUCCUAUGGCCAUAUUUUGCAUGUAUAAUUUUUAUAAUUUGGAAAAAAUAAUAAACUUUUUUUUUCUAAAAGAGUGCUAUAA